AUGGCUCGGGCCACCACCCCAAUAGCCCUGCUGUGCAAAGAGAAUCCAAUCCUGAUCUCCUGGCUCGGCUGCAGAGACUGGAGCAGUUGCUGCAAGCACCCCCUGUACCUGAUGGUUCUGGUCCGGGUCCAGAUUCAGGAAAUCGGCAGGGAUCAUCAGCAGCUGGUGCUCUCAUCCCCUCAUCCACAUCGGGACACCGGACCUUAUCCUUUUGGCGAAAAUGAUACUGAAAGUCGAGCCAAUAUUUCAGCAAAGCUUCCUCCUACGGACUAUUGCGACCGGCUCAAGGAGGUCUAUUUCCAGUCGUUUAUCCCGCUCUUUCCUAUUCUGCAUGCCCCCACGUUUCAUGAUCGGUAUCGGCAAUUUUCCGAGAACCCAGACCAGGUCUCCCUAGCUUGGCUUGCUCUGCUAUUCACCAUUCUGGGCACCGCUGUUCUCGCGCUGGAACAUGAUGAUCCUCUACUGAGGGCCCUCAGCCGCAAACCGACACCCUGGGACCGAGUCACCGAGCUCUCGGAGCGGUAUUACACCGCAGCCAUGAAAUGUCUCGAGGCGGAUCGCUAUCUGUGGCGACACAACAUAUGGACACUGCAGGCUCUGCUAAAUCUUAUAUAUGGAAUCCAUCAUAGCCACGGUCAAACUUGGACUCUUCUGGGUCUUGCCUAUCACCUAGCACUCUCGAUUGGAUGCCACGUGGACCCGGCCGUAUUCUCUUUGGAUAUUGUUGAAGUCGAGGAGCGUCGCCGCUGUUGGUUAGCUCUGACGACACUGCUCUAUCAUCAGAAUAUGGCGAUUACGGGUUUGGAUCUCUAUUCGUCUGUGCUCUCGUCCCAUGUCCUUCCCCCCGCCGAGGUGUGGGAUGACGAAAUCAUCCAGGGAGGGCCAAGCCCAGCCGUGACUUCGGUCGGUAUCAAACCCGUCUCCUACUUGAUUCGAAAGGCACGUCUCUUUCAAUUCUCCGCCAAGGUCUGCAACUCCACGUACGGGGCAACCUCCGAUGACUCGACGGCGCUUCGCCGUCUGGAUGCGAUGAUACGGGCCGAAAUCGACCCCCUGGAGCAGAAUUACGCCUCCAGGUCGGGAAUCGACUCCUCGGUCGUCCGUGCGAAUCUGCUACUCAGCUUCGCCCACCAUCUGGUCCUCCUUCUCCACAGUACCAUACUGAACGAGGUGUCGGGUUGUCCGCCGCAACAAAGCUGGUCGAAGCAAUGCUGCCUGCAAAGCGCACAGCGCAUCUUGGAACUCCACGCCGACUUCCACAAAUCACCUCAAUUCACGCCUUUUCACUGGUAUAUCCGGGGCCGGGGCGCUUUCCACGCUUUCCACGCCGCAUUCAUCCUGGUGCUGAUCCUGUCCGUAGAGCCCCAGGCACCCUGUCCGUUGGAGGCUGUGCUGCUGUUGCAUAAUUGCCAUGCUCUGCUGGAGGCGUCCAAAGCACAGAGCCAACUGUGUACUCGCACCGCACGAAUCCUUGGCCAGAUGCUAUCAAGCAAGCGGUUGGGUGCUCCAGGGCUGGCGUCCGGUGAACCAGAAAGUGACUCCCGCAACCUCGCCUCUCGGGGUGCCCAGUUAAAUCCCCAGAUCGACCUCGACCCGCCGAUGGAGACCGGCGAUGGCCGAGAUCUGAUAUCGGAAAGCGUAGAUUGUCCGGGUCUGUUGCGGCAGAUUGAGCCGCAGCAAUGGUUCAACCCCAUGGACAUGGAUUGGGAUCUGUGGGACUGGAUUUUGGCUGCAUCUGGAACGACACCCUGA